AUGGCUACAAACUCUGAUUUCCUUAUGUGCAAAGAAGAAAGGAAGAACGAGAGCUUCUUUAAAGUUCUUCAGGGUGCAGAUAUCUAUUCAGAAAACAUGAGAGCUAUUCCUUAUGACUUCAUGAGAAGCGUCUCCGAACAUGAGCUCUCUGGUAAGAUGAAGAUAAGAGCUCAAUGGGGCAGCUCUUGGGAUAUAGGAAUCUCCAAAAAUCCGAGAUUCUACUUCAUGGAGAAAUCGGGAUGGGAGAAGUUUGUAAGGGAAAAUUAUCUUGGAGAAGACGAUUUCCUUACAUUUACUCACAAAGGCAAAAUGUGUUUCAAUGUGAAGAUCUUCAAGAAAGAUGGCCUGGAAAUGAUAUGUCCUCAACAAUCCAUGGCUUUCUUUGCUUCUUCAAGUCAAGUUAAGAGAGAAGGAGAUGAGGUUGUGUCUCCUGAUCUUGGCCCGACAGCAACUGAAACUAAUGGAGAAGGAAAAUUCAAGAGGAAGCUUAACUCUGGGAAGAAGAAAGCUAAAGAAUCAGAAAGUUCCACAAUGAUCAAGGAAACGGUUAGUGCCCGGAGAGACUGUGCAGGCGCUUCUUCCUCUUCUAGUGCAGAAUUUACCGUCUACAUCAAGGGAUCGUACCUCAAAGCACUGCUAAGAUAA